AGGCGGAAGUCCAUCGCUGCGGAGUGGCGCGAAAACUUGUGGUCUGGAAGGAUGGUGCUUCGUGAGAUAGGAGAUGCGUACCUAGGAGGUGUUUACCUAUCUCCGUUAUCUGCAGUGCUAUGUCGGAUGGCAACCAGAUUGCAGGACCGUUCGCUGUGCGAUUUUUGCCAAGAAUCAGACAUAGACCACGUGUGGUACAUGAAAACAGGAAACAAGCUCCCGAAAUAGCUGUCAUACGGCCACAUGAUCUCAGCACGGUUCACGAUUUCUUAGCAGCUCUUAUCUCUAGAGAGCAAGUCCUGCAGAAAAGGCCCCUGAUAGCAUGGGAAUCGGUGCAGAAGCGCUACCAUGCCAUGGUAACAGAGUUGAAUGGUCCAGAUAAGGAUCUUCAUGAUCAGUACCAUGUCGAUCUAGGCUUCUUCAAAGAAGUUAUGGACGAGCAAGUUCUUGAAGUGUGGACUGGGAAGAAGUCCGUCAUUGACGUACUGUCCUUGCCCGAGUUUAGUGAUAUGAAUUGUGUGCGGGAGCCGAAUCCUCCAUAUGAUCUAAUGAUAAUGAUGAGUGACAGGGAAAACCAUCGGCGAUGUAACUCUGUUGGAACAGAAACGGAGGAAUGUGAAGAGCCAACUCCUAAUCUAAAGUCUCCGGUCAAGUCCAAGAAAUCCUCAAAUUCUGUGCUUAAAGACACACCUGCCACUCUCCUCUCCAGCCGUUGUUCAAAAAAGCAGCUUUUGGAGAAGAGCGACGCUGAGAAGAAGAAACCUAUAAUUAGGGGCAAAGAGAAGGCCGGCAACUUGCUCGAAGGUGACAGUCGCACGACAGCGAUGACAGACUGCUUGAAAAGCGUAUCUUCUUCAGAAGUUCUCAAUGGCAAGAAUCACGAUCACCUGGAUAAGUUGCCCAUCAUCGCCCCUGAGCCUAUAGAUCUUCCUAACCCUCUCGACUUCUUUUCGCAGGAUACUACCGCGUGCGAAAGUAGUGACUCAUGCUUACAAGCAUCUCCGUUUCAAAAACUUCCUUGCGAUACUACCGGAUGCGAGAUCCAGUCCGAUCGGACAAACACAUUGGAAGGAAAUAAAACCUCGGACUUGGAUAUAAAUGACCUUUCGCCAUUGUGUGAGCAGAUGUCGAGCCUUUCCCUCAGUAGAUUGGAGGGUAACGAUUCGAACGUGGAACAAAAGGGUGCCAGUGUAGCACACGAUGUAGACGGACAUGUGUCUCCUACUGAAAAAACCGGCAUUCUCCAAACUUCAGCAUCGAAGAUAGGUGUAGAGCGCGCUCCGUUUGGGAAGGGACUGUUUCAAAAGCUGGCUGCCUUCAAACACAAGGAUGAGCAAUUUGCCACACCAUCGCCGAUUGAGAAAUCUCCAUUCACGGAACGUGCGUCUUCCGCCGUAUCCCGGAGUUUCGGUCACAAGGAGAAUACUUUUUGCGAUGAGAUGAGUCCAUCAAGCUCCUCAACUGAUCCGUGUGCGGACGUUUCAUCAUCGAUCAACAUAAGCAAAUCGGCAGCAGAAGACAGUCAAGCGUCAGUUGCUUCAUCACAGGAAAAGCAAGUAGAUGAGCAGGGGAGUGUACUGGACGGUCUGGUGUUUCCGGAAUGCAGCGAGGAUCUCAAGCGAUAUUUGGAUUUCAUCAGAAAAAUAGUGGCAACAUAUAAUUUGGUGUAUAAUAUUCAACCCAAGAUGGAUCAGAUUCUUGGUGAGCUGAAGGAAGAGGUUUCCCCGGACUGGGUCGACUAUGUGUUAAAAUAUAUUCCUGAAGUUUCUCUACUGCCGUUUGACGGUGAAAUAUUCAUGGCCUGGAAAGGAGUUUCCCAAACGCAGAGUUAAUUCGAUUGGGCGGCAUGCCUUAUGUUUGAUGAUAAACUAUGAAUGGUGCUGAUAUUCUACUCAAGUGGAAUGAUCAUGUUUUACUUCUGCAGAGUUUUUUGUAGUGUUCUCACAUACUUUUUUGUAUGGAAAUGUGAUCUCUUUUUUCAUAGGCUACGCUACCGUAGUGACAAGUAUGUUUUACAAUCGUUCCAGACUUGUUGAUAUUUGGUCCAUGGUGUUGUCAGAUAUAAUUCGAUAACCGUGCCUUGCUACACCUAUAAAUUUGAACUUGAACGUGUAUCACAGGUCAAUCCUGGACGGAGAAUUUCUGCUCUGUAAUUUACUCAUUCUUCAC